CAAACAGGUAGUUCACCAAACUUAUUGAAAGUGACCUUGUAUCUUUCAUAUAUAUAUACGCUGAAGUGUGAACAGACAGUAUUGAAGAAUUAUAAAUAUUCUCUACAAGUUUCAACAUGAUAUCUAAGGUAUCCAUCAUUUUCGCUGUCUUUGCCGCAGCUAAUGCCAGCGUUCUCCUCGCUGGACAUGGACAUCUAGUCAAUACUGGCAUCAGUGCAAGAAAUCAAGUUCAAGAUGGCCAUGGCAACUAUGCAUUUGCAUACGACAUCAAAGAUGGCAAAGGAGCCACCAACUCCAGAUCUGAAGUAGGAGAUGCUCAUGGAAACAAGAAGGGAUCAUACACUCUCGCUGACAUCGAUGGACGAGCAAGAAAGGUUGAAUACGUUGCUGAUGGACAUGGAUUCAGAGCUGUUGUCAAGACCAACGAACCAGGUACCGCUCACAGUGCACCAGCAGCUGCCGUCAUAGCUAGUCCAUACGCAGCUCCUGCCGAUAUCGCCCACGCAGCACCUGCCGUAGUUGGACAUGCUGCUGUCGUCGCUCCUGCUCAUGGUCUUGGAUAUGGUGCUGGUCUUGGACAUGGAGCAAGUCUUGGAUAUGGUGCUGGUCUUGGAUAUGGUGCAGGUCUUGGAUAUGGUGCAGGUCUUGGACAUGAAGCAGGUCUUGGAUAUGGUGCAGGUCUUGGACACGGAGUUGCUCUGGGACAUGGAGUUGGUCUCGGAUAUGGAGUAGGUCUCGGACAUGGAGUUGGUCUUGGACAUGGAGCCGGUCUUGGAUAUGGUGUUGGUCUUGGGCAUGGUGCUCUUUUAGGACAUGGAGCACAUUAUUAAAAACUUAUCUUAGAAUUUUAAAGGUCACCAUGAUAAAGCAGAAAAAAUGAGAACACAUUUCCAACAAAUGAAGCCAAACUUCUGUUUCAAAAUUAUUACUCCAUUCUAUAUUCUGCUAAAUGGACUCUAUUAUAAUUAAUUUCUGAUCACAUCCAACCUGCAUAAUUUUGUCAACAUAUUUGUUACAUUAUUGUAUUUUGUAAAUAAAUUAUUUAUUACUUAUUUUUACCAA